AUGUUUAGCAUAUUUAAUUUUAAUAAAUCAAAAACGUCUGAAGAUGAUACACAGAAGAACAUCCCAUUAAACACAACCAGUUCCUCUCAACAGGUAAAUGAGCUAAAUUAUGACUUGAAGCAUUCAGAUACUCAGGCCAACAUUGUUAAGGAUUUAAGGGAUUUAAGCACAGGCCCUGCACAACCAAUUUUACCAGCAUAUCCCAUGACAGUUUUUGGUAAGCAAAAAAGAUCAUUUAACGCCAAAUACUUUAAUGAGUUCAAGUGGAUUGAGUAUAGUGUAGAAAAAAAUGCUGUUUUUUGCUUUUGUUGUCGAAUAUUUGGAUGUAGUUCUACUGAUCAUGUUUUUACCAAAAGUGGUUUUACAAAUUGGGAAAGAUUGGGUACAAAAUUUUCAAAACACUCCAAGCUCAAUGCACAUGCCGCAACGCAAACACAUUUAAUGAAUUUAGCUAAAAUGGAUGGACAUAACUCUAGUAAGAUAACUGGUAACGUUCUGUGUCAAGUAUCUAAUGCUCACAAAGAGUUUGUCCUAAAGAACAGAUCAUACUUAAAAACGCUUAUUGGUAUUUUGUUAUACUUGGGACGGCAAGGUAUUGCAUUCCGAGGAAAUAUUGAAAAUGAGGAUUCCCUAAACAGAGGAAAUUAUUUAGAAGCGUGUAAAUUGAUAUGUGAACAUAAUCCAGAAUUCAAACAAGUAUUUAAUGGUGAAAUAAACUAUACAAGUCCCUUUGCUUCAAAAUGA